AUGGCAACCGAAUAUGGUUCUGCAUUUGAAGAUGAUGAUGAUAAAAUUGAUCUCACGCAAGAGGAAUGUUGGGAAGUUAUUUCUUCAUUUUUCAAAAAUAAGGGUAUUAUCCGACAACAAUUGGAUUCUUUUGAUGAUUUUAUUGAGCGUGGUCUUGUUGAAGUUAUAACUGAAAGUCCAAUACAAGUGAUAAGAAAUUCUGAUAUUGAAGAUGAACAAGAAACUAUUACUCAAUAUCGUUUCGAAUUUGAUAAUCCAUCAUUUACUAAACCUCAAUUUACCGAAUCAGAGGGUGUUAAAACACAAUUAUUUCCGAAUGAAGCUCGCUUAAGGGGCUUAACGUAUUCAGCCCCACUUAUUUUAGACGUGAAACUUUUUGUAUCCAAAUUAACCGUAAAUAACUUUAAUUACAAUGAUAUUGAUUUUAAAGAAAGUGAAGAAAUUUUGAUUGAUGAAAGAGCAUUUUUGGGAAAGAUCCCCGUUAUGGUACAUUCUAAUUUUUGUUCUUUAGCUGAUUUAACUUUUGAGGAAUUAAAAGAUCAUCACGAAUGUCCAUAUGAUCAGGGUGGUUAUUUUGUCGUUAACGGUUCCGAAAAAGUUUUAAUAGCUCAAGAAAGACUGGCUAAUAAUUAUGCUUAUGUUUUUAAGCAUGCUUUACCAGCUAUCUCAUACAGUGUAGAAUUUCGUAGUACUAAUGCGCAUAUGUCAAAAAUUAGAACUGUUAAUUUGAAAUUGGUUACAAAAACUUCAGCAGGAGAAAAAUCUGGACAAUAUAUACAUGUCAAUUUACCUUUUAUUAAAAAAGAUAUUCCAAUUAAAGUUUUAUUUGUUGCUCUUGGAAUUCUUAAUGAUGAAGAAGUUAUUGAUUACAUGUGUUUUGAUUCUAAUGAUAAUGAAAUGUUCAAUAUUAUAUUAUCUUGUAUUGAAGAAUCAUGUACAAUUCGAUCACAAAAUCUUGCGCUAGAUUAUAUUGGACGCAGAGGAACAGUAGCUAAUGCAGCUCGUGAAAAACGAAUUGAGUACGCAAAAAAUAUUAUCCAUACCGAAUUUUUGCCUCAUAUUGGAGAGGGAAUAGGUUUCAAUUCGAAUAAAGGAAUUUUUUUAGGAUAUCUUGCACAUAGACUUUUAUAUUCUGCUCUUGGAUAUCGAGAAAUUGAUGAUCGAGAUCAUUUUGGCAAAAAACGUCUUGAUAUGGCCGGUCCUUUGAUGACUUCAUUAUUUAGUAUUUUAUAUAAGAAAAUGGUAAAUGAAAUGAUUAUGUACUUAAGAAAGUGUAUUUUAAGUAAUCGCGUAUUCAAAUUACCUUUAGCGAUAAAAUCAGAUCACAUUACUAAUGGGUUCAAAUAUUCAGUUGGUACUGGUAAUUGGGGAGAUUCCAAAAAAGCAAUGCAGUCCAGAUCUGGCGUUUCACAAGUUUUAAACAGAUUUACUUAUGUGUCAACUAUAUCACAUCUUCGAAGAUGUAAUGCCCCACUUGGACGUGAUGCAAAGAUUACUAAACCACGUCAACUUCAUAAUACACAAUGGGGAUAUAUAUGUCCUGCUGAGACCCCUGAAGGACAGGCAUGCGGCUUAAUGAAGAAUUUAGCAUUGAUGUCAUAUGUCUCAGUAUCUAUGCCACCUGAUUCAUUAAAUGAAUACAUUAAUAAUAGUGGAAUUUGCAAAAAAAUCAAUGAAACAACAUUUGAUAAUAUUGCUAAAUUAACCAAAGUUUUUGUCAAUGGAAAUUUAUCAUGUAUUACAGAUGAACCUUUAGAUUUAAUACGAUUAAUUCGAGACAAUAAAGGAAACUCCCUUCCAGCUGAUAUUGGAAUUGUUAAUGAUGUCCAUGUAAAUGAAAUAAGAUUUUAUUGUGAUUCAGGAAGAAUGUGUAGACCAUUAUUCGUCGUGAACGAUCAACAUUUGGCCUUAACUUCUUAUGAUUUAUUCAAGUUAAAAUCGGAAAUUGAACAAGAUAAAAAGUAUAAUUUAUGGGAAGAAUUAGUAGCAAAUCAUUAUAUUGAAAAUAUUGAUGCUGAAGAAGAAGAAACUACUAUGAUAUGUAUGUCUCCAUCAGAAUUAUAUGAGUCAAGAUUAUAUAAUUUACGUAAACUUGGAGGUUUAAGACCAAGAAAGAAAAGAAGAUCAGUUCAUGAACGUUUAAUUAAUUUACCAACUUGUCCAAAUAAGUGGACUCAUUGUGAAAUUCAUCCAAGUAUGAUUUUGGGUGUUUCUGCUAGUUUAAUUCCAUUUCCUGAUCAUAAUCAGUCACCUCGAAAUACCUAUCAAUCUGCUAUGGGUAAACAAGCAAUGGGAGUCUAUACGACUAAUUAUCAAUUACGAAUGGAUGUAUUGGCCAAUGUGUUGUAUUACCCUCAGAAACCUCUUGUAACCACAAAAGUCAUGAAAUAUCUUCAGUUCAGAGAAUUACCCGCAGGAAUCAAUGCUAUUGUUGCUAUUAUGUGUUAUGGUGGAUAUAAUCAAGAAGAUUCUUUGAUUAUAAAUCAAAGUAGUGUCGAUAGAGGAUUGUUUAGAAGCUUUGUUUAUAGAAGUUAUGUUGACUAUGAGAAGAAAAAGGGUAUUUUGAAUAUGGAAGAAAUAAUGAAACCAAAUUCUUAUACAACUGUUGGAUUAAAGCGUGGAAGUUAUGAGAAACUUGAUAAUGAUGGAAUUGUACCUUGUGGAAUUAGAGUUACUGGAAAUGAUAUUCUUAUAGGAAAAGUAACCACACUUUCGUCAGAAGUUGAAAUGCUUGGCCAACGAAAAGAGUCACAUAUAUAUCGAGAUGUUUCUACACCGUUGAGAUCUACAGAAAAUGGAAUUAUUGACCAAGUAAUUGUUACCACAAAUCAAGAUGGAGUUAAAAUGGUAAAGGUUAAAGUUAGAAACACAAGAAUUCCAGAAAUUGGAGAUAAAUUCGCGAGUCGUCAUGGUCAGAAAGGAACAAUUGGAAUCACUUAUCAUCAAGAAGAUAUGCCAUUUGCUGCUAAUGGUAUUACACCUGACAUUAUUAUAAAUCCACACGCUAUUCCUAGUCGUAUGACAAUUGGACAUUUGGUUGAGUGUUUAAUGGGCAAGCUAUCGGGUUUAACUGGUAACGAAGGGGAUGCAACAGCCUUUAAUGAAAUUACUGUAGAAUCGAUUUCUCGAAAUCUCAAGUCCAUGGGAUUUCAUCAUCGUGGAUUAGAAGUUAUGUAUAAUGGUCAUACUGGACGUAAAUUAGUUGCACAAAUUUUCAUCGGACCAACAUAUUAUCAACGUUUAAAGCAUAUGGUUCAAGAUAAAAUUCACUCCCGCGGAAGAGGUCCAGUGAAUAUAAUGACUAGACAACCUGUUGAAGGACGUAGUCGUGAAGGAGGAUUAAGAUUUGGUGAAAUGGAACGAGAUUGUAUGAUCUCACAUGGUGCAGCAUUAUUCUUAAAGGAACGACUUAAUGAUGUUGCGGAUGCUUAUAGGAUUCACGUGUGUGAUAUUUGCGGUCUAAUAUGCAUAGCACAAGUUUCGAAAAAUGUUUAUAGUUGUAAAAUUUGUAAAAAUUCCACUCGGGUUUCUCAAGUACAUGUUCCAUACGCUUGUAAAUUACUUUUCCAAGAACUUAUGUCGAUGAAUAUUACCCCAAGAUUAAAGCUUUUAUAA